AUGUCUCCUCCCCGCCAAGUCUUCAUUGCUGUCAUCGGCGCCGGCGGCGUAGGCAAAGCCUUCCUGAACCAACUCACCGGCCUAGCCCAGCGCCUCUCCCAAUCGCCCUCCUCGCCCUACUACCUCUCCCUAAUCUGGCUCUCCACAUCAAAGAAAGCCCUCUACCACUCCGACUACAAGUCCCUCUCGAACUGGGAGUCCGAGCUGCAGGACAACUCCAAGCCCACCCUCCCGCUCCCUGAACUACAAGACUACCUCGUCAAAGCACCUGGCAAGGUCGUCCUGGUCGAUAACACGAGCAACCAGGACGUCGCCAACGUCUACCCUGGCUUCCUGAAGAAGGGCAUCAGCAUCGUGACACCUAACAAGAAAGCCUUCAGCGGCAACUUGCAGCUCUUCAAGGACAUCUUCGCCGCGGCGUCAAACGGGUCUGGCGCGGGCGGCUACGUCUUCCACGAGUCCUCCGUUGGCGCAGGUCUGCCCGUGAUCUCCACGCUCAAAGACCUCGUCGAGACUGGCGACGAAGUGACCAAGAUCGAAGGCGUAUUCAGCGGCACCAUGAGUUUCCUGUUCAACAGCUUCCAACCCACAUCCGGCGGCGGAGGGAAAUUCAGCGCCGAGGUGACCAGCGCGAAAGAGAAGGGGUACACAGAGCCCGACGCUCGCGAUGACCUCAACGGGUUGGAUGUAGCGCGCAAGCUCACCAUUUUGGCGCGUCUGGCGGGCCUGAACGUCGAGUCACCGACCUCCUUCCCCGUGCAGUCUCUGAUUCCUAAGGAGUUGGAGAGCUGCCAGUCCGGCGACGAGUUCCUCGAGAAGCUGCCACAGUACGAUUCGCAGAUGGACGACCUGAAGCAGGAAGCCGAGAAAGAGGGCAAGGUCGUGCGCUUUGUGGGAAGUGUUGAUGUGCCGAAGAAUGCUGUUAAGGUUGGGCUGGAGAAGUUUGACAAGAGCCACCCUAUUGCUGCGUUGAAAGGGAGCGAUAACAUUAUUGCAUUCUACACCAAGCGUUACGGCGAUAACCCAUUGAUUAUUCAGGGUGCUGGUGCUGGAGGCGAGGUCACGGCCAUGGGUGUCACAGCGGAUCUCGUCAAGGUUUUGCGGUUGCUGCAUUAGGACGAUGCGGGUGUUGCUGCCAGGGCGGCAGGCUUGUAAGGCAUGAAGCAAAAAGUUCUGUGUCAAGCGGAGACGUGCAUCUGAUCUGUGUGUGAGGAUUGGAUUCAUGAGUGAUGCUGAGAAGGGUCGCGGUAUUCAAGCCGUCUGAAAUGCUGAUUGGCAAGAAGAGGAGGAACACUGAGUACGCUUGUCCAGAGGGCCGGAGAAGACAUGUUGGUGGUUAGUUAUAUGUGAGGCUAAGUUCAAGCUCGGUAUACCAUCUACACCAGCUGUGUAUGUCGGGUAACUCUGUAAUGCGAGUGCAGACACUGUUGACAUUGUGAUAUACAGAUCAGGACAGACAGCCUUCAUCGAUUGUUGAGGCACGAAACGA